CUGUCGAUCUAAAAGUUAGACUGAUAUUUUUAAUAAUUAAAAUAGAUCAUUAAGUUUUUCUAGUUUCCAAUAGUCCAAUAGCCUAUAGGGAAAAAAAGACUUUCCUACUAUUCAGCAGGUUCAAGGGUUAUACAUUUUAUUAUUCUAGGUUUUUAAGUAAGAUGGAACUGUUAUAAUAAAUGUGUAGAAACCUUGCAAAAUAUUAUGAUCAGUGUAAAAGCCCAUUAACAUUUUUUCCAAAGAUAAAUGUUAAAACUGUUUUCUUUGCAUGUUAGAAAUGAGGUUAUGCAAAGCAAAUAAUUUUGAUGGGUCUGAUCUCAACAUUCUACUCCACAAGGCGUUCUCUUCUAUGGUGCUGAGCAACUUCUCUACUGACUGCAAGCGGAUAUCCGGGGAGAUCUUUGAACGCACCAUGCCGUCUGCAGGAUAUUGGAGGCCGAGCCAGAGGACGGGUUUUCCCAGCAGUCCCAGUGAAUAUGCAUCUGUGGCAGCUCAGACUGUGAUUGGCCAAGUUCUAGAGGCUGUUGUGCCAUUGUCAGAAGAUGCUCACGUCCAAGCACUAACUGUCACGAUGACGGCUUUCAUGGAGGCAUGGAUGGAGCACAUAUUAAAGCAGAAGAUCAAAUUCAGUCUGCAGGGGGCGCUGCAGCUGAAGGAAGACUUUGAUUCUGUCAGGGAGAUGAUCAAGUCUGACAAGUACGGUCUGUCAGCCGAACUUCACCAGAGACUCCUCAGCCUGAGGUAACACUACCACGGUUCACACUGAUCUGACUUAUUGGCUUAUCUGCUGCAUUUCCAUAUUGUUGAACUGCCAAGGUGAGCCACAAUCUGAGCAUGCUCUUGUGCUAAAGCAAGAUGGAGUCCAAGCAUCCAAAUCCAAAAUGUUGAAAGAAAAUGGUGACAGAAUGAGAAAUGAGAGCAUAUGAGACACAAAAACAUAAGGGCC